GCGAUGCUUUCAGUGGGUCAAGUAGGUGCCAGUGAUGGGGGUCGGAUUUGUGCCGGAUUUGAACGUAAGGUGAACUCCCUGGUCAAAAUUCCACCGUAGUAAUGUUCAUUUUUCUAUUAACCGUCAUUUUAAAUAUAUUAGUUCAUAACAUACGGCUGUAAAAUGACUCCUGGCCGCGUAGUUUAUAUAAACUUUUUCAUUUGUUAUUAUUUUGAACGCGUCGUGCCAUAGCAACUCUUAUCUGAAUAUUCAGAAUGAGUCCCGUUAUGUACUGGCAUUUUAUUAGCAAAGAACGGAGGUAGUCGCUACAGAUUCAGAAACUUAAUGACUUGGGCUUGUUUAUAAGCCCCAAACUUAUUAAUGGGAGAGGCGACUCCGGCAAAGUAUUAUGAAGAUUUUCUUCUAAAGAAAGAGGGAAAAAGCAAGUGGACAGAGUAUUGGGUGAUUAUCCGUGGAAACUGGAUGCUGUUUUACACAGAAAAAGGCAGCACUGACAGGGAUAAGCUUAAAGGCUCAAUCGAGCUUGUGCCUGACACAAAAUGCAGUCCAGCAAGAAGGAGGACAUAUAGUUUCCCAUUCUACAUCUCUACUAAAAAGGGGUCUCAUCUGUUCAAGUGUCAGUCAAACCUGAAACGACACCAGUGGAUUUAUGUAAUUGGAUUAGCUUAUAAGCAUGCCCCACCAGUUCCUCCGCCGUCAUUUAUCCCUAUGGGCCCGGUAGUGAUUGACAAGAGUGACGGAGAGCAUUUGGCAUCAUGGCAAACAAACAAGCAAUCAUCCGAAAGGCAGUCAGAUGGAGAUGAUGGGGAUAAUGAUGAUGAUGAUGGCGAGGACAGUUACUCCCUCCCCCCAGGGGUGAUUAUUGUCAGUACCCUGCCUAACGAGCUUAUGGAGAAUGAGGAGAACAAUGACAAGAAUUCAUCAAGAGUUAACGAGAGAGUAAUACCAGACUCUGAGACAAGCACAACUAAAAAGGAUCGACUCAACCCUCCAAGGGUGACUUUCCCAAAGCAGAUCUCAAAAUCUGCAGACACUAUAGGUUCACCUUCCAGACGUUCUCGUCAUGAUUUUUCUCCUCUGCGCCAUCAUGGGUAUGGUCCUGACCUUGAUCGGCCUAGCACCAGUCCUCUACCCUCCAAUGUGCAUUUACAUAUCCCUGGCUAUCCAUCUUACGGCCAUGGUACUCAACUCAAGUUUUCUCGACACAUGACGUCAUCAGCACCAGACUUCAAUGCAUUAUCAUUAGGGAAUGGCAUAUGAACAAGGCCGUUUAGCUUCAAGCAUUAUUCUUCAAUGGCUUAUCAUUAGGGAAUGACUUAUGAACAUGGAUGGAUUCACUUCAAGCACCAGUCUUCAAAGAUUUUUCAUUAGGAAAUUACUAAUGGAGAUUGAUAUAAUAUUAUGAAACAAGAAGAAAUUAAAGCCGCAUUGUCACCAGUUUACUUCCGGUCGAUUACGUAACAAUAUCCGAUGAUUUUUAACGGAAAACGCGAAAAAUAUUUCAAAAUAUUGAAAGCAAUGUGUCUAUUGGAAGUUUCUUUGAGGAUGUGAUUGAAAAUUUAGAGCGGAAGGCCUUUUAAAUAUCUCGGAUUUCAAUAGAUUCUUUUGUCUUUUAACAGUUGAGGUUUCUGUCGGACCUCCGGAAGUAAACUGGUGACAAUGCGGCUUUAAAUAAGGAGUUGAAAAAUAGUUAUGUAUAAAAGAAGAAAAUACUGUGCAAAAUGAAAUAAACAUGGACAACAUUAAUCACUAGGUGCCACAGACAGUGGUGACCCGAAUGCAAGCAUUAAUCAAAGUAGAUAAUGACUGAACACCCUUUCUUGCUAGGUAAUUAGUGAUUAGUGAUUAACCUGCCGAUCUAAGAGUUUUUAAUCUUAAAAGAUUGGAGUAAUCACUGCUUGAAUGGUAAAGCCCAUAUAAAUGGGUUAGACAAUAUGCCUAGUAUGCCUACGUUUUGUUGGGUAGGUUGUUUUUCUGAGUGUUUUGCUAAAGUACAUUAUUGCACAAAUUAAAUUAAAUAUUUAUUAUUAAAUUGAAUAAAUUUUACACUUCUAUCGUACUAUUAGGAUGUUUCUACUGUAUAUAGCAGUGAACAAAAGAAAGCUUAAGUUAAUUCCUUUUUUUCUUUACCCUAUGGACAAUAGAAGCCAUUGUUCCAUAGAAUGACAAAUUUCCCACAGUAAUAGUGCAGUACCAUUCAGGUAGAUGCCCAAACAAAGAAGCAUAAAAAUUUUGA